AUGGGGAUGGAUGUGGUGGUGUGGUGGGACGGGAACGAGAAUGCAUGGAAAGUGUUCGACGAUAUGUGUCCUCACAGGUUGGCUCCCCUGUCUGAAGGAAGGAUUGAUCGAUGGGGGAGCCUGCAAUGCUCUUAUCAUGGCUGGUGUUUUGAUGGCUCCGGCAGCUGCCAGCUCAUCCCUCAAGCUCCUCUCGACCGCCCUCCGCUCACACCAGCAAAAGGGCUUGUGUUGCUACUUAUCCAACCACAUAGUGCAUCAUGGCAUUAUGUGGUUCUGACCGAACUCUGAUCCUGAACACAGACACGUCUUUGACAAGAAAAAUCCUCCCUUGGUUCCGGAGUUAGACGAUCCAUCAUUCACUACGACAAUGAGGAGCCGAGAUAUUCGAUAUGGGUAUGAUUUACUGGUUGAGAACCUUGUGGAUCCUGCUCAUCUUCCGUAUGCACAUUAUGGACUCACACCAACAAUGCCAAACAAUGAAAAGCGAGAUGAGGAAGGGGGAAGACCCAUGGAAUUCAUGGUGAACAAACUUGAUAUAGAUGGAUUUGAAGGAAGCGUGGAAUCUUUCGUCCUGUCUUGCCACCAACGCGUUCAGUAGAUGGAGAUGGCUGAAGCGAAGGCUAUUUUUGUGUUGUUGUUGCUGGUUUAGGGAUCAGUUUGUGAAAAAGAGGGAGAAGAGAGGGGGAAAGGGAAAUGCAGGAGAGGGGGAUAACUCUUUUCUCCGACAAAAAUGGAGUGAAGAAAGGAAUUAUGAUCAGUAAGGAUAUGGUUAUCUUACAUAACGGUCUCUAUUCUGUUUGAAUUGAGCUUUGGAGGCAGUGAUAAGGACGAGCUGCAACCAAUUCAUAGCGAUAAGAAUGCUAUGAACUGUGAU